AUGCAGUACAAGUUCCUCACUGCUCUCUUCCUGGCUACCACAGCCCUGGCGGUCCCUACUGCGGACUCCACACCCACAGAGUCGAACUCCGAAAUCACAUCUUCGGACUACGAUAACUACGAUGACUUCGAUUACGAUGACGCCUAUUACGGCGACUACGGCGACUACGGCGCUGACCUGCUCGGCGAUAUUCCUCCCUCCAUCAUCGCUGUCAUGGCCACAGCCAUCCCGGCUUCAUGGUACAGCGAUAUCUUGGACCCGGCCUCCCGCGACUCAAUCAUGAGCGACAUUGCUGCUGGAACACUCCCUGCUUGGUACAAUGCUUUGCCAAGCAGCGUCAAGGCAUGGGCUACCGCAGACUUUGUGGGCGGUUUUGCCGAUGCAUCGGCAACUGCUGAGAGCAGCCCAACCAAGACCGCUGGCAGCAGUCCCAUCGAGACUGGCUCUGGCAGCCAGACUGCUGCUCGCGAGACUUCUGCUUCUUCUACUGAGACUCCUUCCAGCGAGUCUUCCACCGAGGCUUCUUCUAGCCAGGUUUCUUCCACUGCUGUUGAGACUACUACAGCUUCAUCCACCAUCGUCGUCUCUAGCACUGCAACACCUUCCCCCUCUUCUACAGAGUCCACCGGUGGUGCUCCUGCUCCCACUGGCGCCGUUGCCAUGGGUGUUGCUGGCGCAGCUGGUAUCUUGGCGCUUGCUCUUGCCCUGUAG